UCUCUACACACACAUCAUAUACAAUUAUACAUACAUUCAUUCAACCAAAAGAUCAAAUGCAAGGAUCAGCUGGUACUAGUAACGAUGAUCAUGUCACUGUAGAAAUCAUUCCAGCGGAGAAUAAUCUCCUCUCCUCAAUCAAUUCCAAAAUGGAGUCCCUCUCCAUCUCCAAUUGCAUCUGCAGACUCCCUCAGCACGUCUCCGAAGGCAACGAACACAAUUACUUCCCCAAACGCGUCUCGAUCGGCCCCUUCCACCGCGGAAUCGCCUCCCUGAGAGCCAUGGAGGUCCAGAAAUGGCGGUACCUCAACGCGCUCCUCAGCCGCGGGGGACAGGACGCGGAGAGGAGCUUGGACGCCUGCAUCGAGCGAUUGCGGCGGUUGGAAUCGCGAGCGAGGAAAUGCUACGGCGAAGCGAUCGGGAUGGGGAGAGAUGAGUUCGUGGAGAUGAUGUUGCUCGACGGUUGCUUCAUCAUCGAGCUCCUCCUCAAAUUCGCGUUCCGAGGACUGCGGCGGAAAGACGAUCCGUGUUUCAGUUCGCGGGAGGCGUUUUACGGCGUCCGAAGCGAUUUGAUUUUGGCGGAGAAUCAGAUUCCGUUUUUUGUUGUUGAGCAUUUGUAUAAGGCGGUUCCUCUUCCCAAGGACUGCGGCUCUUUCUCGCUUGCUUAUCUCUUCCUGCUCUUCGUCAGGAAGUUGAUCGACCGGCCGCCGGAAGGAUUGGCGGCGACUCAGGAUCAGAAAUUUGGACUGUUUGUGUAUCAUUUACUUGAUCUCAUUCGCCAUUGUUACUUGCCUGCAACUCCUCAAUUGCAAUCAACUGGAGAACAGAAGUAUAUGUAUUCUGCAACUCAACUUCACGCUGCAGGUAUCAAGUUCAGGAAGAAGGCAUUAUCAUCUACUGAUCAAAGCAUACUGGAUAUAACCUAUGACGACAGAGGCGUCUUGGCCAUCCCACCAAUAAAAGUUCAGAACCACACAGAAAUCUUGUUCAGAAACAUCAUUGCACUAGAGGAGUACACUCCUGAUCAGACCAACCACGUUGCAUCCUAUGUUUACCUCAUGAAAUGUCUGAUACGAUGCAAACAAGAUGUGAGCUUUCUCCGCAGAAAGGGAAUUAUUAUGCAGAGUGGUACUAUGGAGAAUGACGAAGAGAUUCUUCGUGUUUUCGACGGCCUGCAUGUGAAGAUUAAUGUUGAGGAGUUUUACUACAGUGGGCUGUGUGAGAAAGUGAACAGGUUUAGUAAUGUGGGAAUGGAGAAGAAGAAGAAGAAAGAGGUUUUGUGGCAUAAAAUGGGUAAUGUGUAUCACAGAACGCCUUGGGGUGCUGCAGCUUUUGUGGUUGCAAUACUAGCUCUUGUUUCUUCUCUUUCUGCUGCUUUGUUUUUUGCUAUCACAUUUUUGUUUCACCAUGCUUAAUUACUUGGGGUGAGGGUUGGAAUGUCUCUCAAUUUUUGUAUGGAAUUUGACUUUGAAUAUGAUUUUCCUUUUAACUAUUGUUAUUGGGUUUGCAAGUUGUAAUAUAAGUGGUCAAUUAAUCUCAAAUAAAGUGAUGAUUAAUUAGCAACCACGCGCUAUGUAUGUGAA